AUGAGGGUUAUCAAGAUUGUCAAUCCCACGGGAGCAGACUGCCUAAUCCCCGACCUCACCCCCUCCCCCGCCCCCGCGCAGCUACUGUCCUCACCUCCCAGCCCUCCCCUCUAGGUGGGCGAUGCCCUUCCUGCGGUGGUGGUGUUUGAAGGGGAGCCUGGGACCAAGGUGAGCCUGGCCGAGCUGUACAAGGGCAAGAAGGGUGUCCUCUUCGGAGUUCCUGGAGCCUUCACCCCAGGCUGUUCCAAGACUCACCUUCCGGGGUUUGUGGAGCAGGCUGGGGCUCUGAAGGCAAAGGGAGCCCAGGUGGUGGCUUGUCUGAGCGUCAACGAUGUCUUUGUGACCAGCGAAUGGGGGAAAGCCCACCAGGCAGAAGGCAAGGUUCGGCUCCUGGCGGACCCCAGUGGGGCCUUUGGGAAGGAAACAGAUCUGCUCUUAGAUGACUCCCUGGUGCCGAUCUUUGGGAACCGAAGGCUCAAGAGGUUCUCCAUGGUGAUCGAGGACGGCGUAGUGAAGGCCCUGAAUGUGGAGCCAGACGGCACAGGUCUCACCUGUAGUCUGGCCCCCAAUAUCCUCUCGCAGCUCUGAGGCCCUGGGCCCAGACGCACUCUACACUCCCACUGCCCUUUCCUGUCUCACCUGCCCAGCCCUGGGCAGCAGGCCUGGCUGCCCCUGAGCCAGGCCACCCAAUUGGAACCUUGGCCAAAUUUCUGCAAUAAAACAAAUCUGGUUCA